AUGGUGGUGGAGGAGAACAGUGGCAUGGUGCGCAAUCAAAUCUAUGUAGCUGCCGAGGUUUAUCUCCACACGAAAAUCAACCCAAAUACUAAGAUAUUCAGAGCAAGCAAGAAGUCCAAGAAGAAAAAUAUUACUUUGAGCAUGGAGAAAGAUGAAAAAGUGAUUGAUACUUACAAUAGAAUUCGAAUCAAAUGGCAAUAUGUUUUUGAGGCCAAAGAAAUUAAGGAGAAAGAUUGGGAUGUGAAAUUGUAUGCAAAGGAUUGUCCAUGGAGCAGUUACAAUGACGAUGGAAGAAGAGGAUGA